AAGGAGAUGCUAAGAGCUUCAGAUCUUCAUUAUACAGCAAUCAGUCAACAAGUACAGAUAAUUACAGAACAGUGUUACAGAUACAGAGAAAGAAAGCCAAACAGCAGAAGACCAGUAAAGACCACAAGACUUGGUGAUCUAACCAUGGCUGAAAGCUCUGUUAGGAUUUGUGUCCCUUCUGAAGGGCAGCUGGACCCCAACUUCCAGGAGGGGAGGUUGAGAAGGCUGACCCCUGACAAGAGAGAGCUGGACCAGUGGGUGAAGGAGCUGGAGAUAAAGGUGGCGAGGGACAGGAUGUGGGACGAGCUGCAGCGAAUGAGAGAGGCUGUGUACCGAAGGAGCCAAGAGAUGUUGGCAAGACAGUGGGAGUGGCAUAUCUGUCAGGAGGCACUGAAGAAAAAGCAAGAAGAGAAAGAGAGACAAGGUGCCCAGCUGACAAGACUGGAGGAGAGGGUGAUGAGAAAGAGAAAUGACAACAUGGCAACGCUGAGAGAGCAGGAGAGAGUGAUGAACGACAUCAAGAAAAAAGCAGUGGAGGAAGAGAGACAUCUAAGAGAGAUGGAAGAGAAAGUGAGAGACUGGCAGAAACUCUUGAGAGAGAAAACAAUGGACGAGGAGAGGCCAAUAAGGGAGAUGGAAGAAAAGGCAAGAGAGCAGGAGAGAAUGUUGAAAGAAAAAGUGAAGGAGAAAGAGAGACAGCUGCGGGAGAUGAUGGAGAGAGUGAGAGAGAAAGAGAGAAUGUUCAGGAAAGAAGCGAAGGAGGAAGAAAGGCACAUAAGAGACAUGGAAGAAAAGGCAAGAGUGCAGGAGAGAAUGUUGAAAGAAAAAGUGAAGGAGAACGAAAGACAGAUUAGGGAGAUGGAAGAGAAAGUGAGAGAGUGUGAGAGAGUGUUGAGAAAACUUGUGAAGGAGGAAGAAAGAUGGAUACGAGAGAUGGAGGAGAAAGAGAGAGAGCAGGAGAGACUGUUGAGAGCAAAAGCAAAGGAGGAAGAAAGAGGGAUGAGGGAAAUGGCAGAGAAAGUGAGAGAGAAAGAGAGAAUGCCAAGAGAGAUGCAGAAAACAGCAAAGGAAGAAGAAAUGAGAGAGAGAGAGAGAGAAGAAAAAGCCAGCGAGCAGAAGAGAAUCUUGGGAGAAGGGAAGGAAGGAGAAAGAUGGUUGAGAGCGGCUGAAGAAAAAGUGGCAGAGCCGGAGAGAUUAAUGAGAGGAGUGAAGAAAAAAGCGAUAGAGGAGGAAAGAAAAAUUGUGGAAGAGAAAGCGGGAGAUCCGGAGGCCAUUUUGAGAGAGGCAGAGAAAAAAGCGAAGGAAAGAGAGAUGGAAGCAGAAGUGCGAGAACGUGAGAAGAGAGUGUUGCGAGAAAAACAGAAGGAGACAGAAAGACAGACGGGCGAGACCAUGGAGAAAGGGAGAGAGCAGGAGAGAAUUCAUCUAGAGAUGGAGAGACAACCACAGGAGGAAGAGAGACGAAUGAAGGAGAUGGUAGAAGCAGCAAUAGAACGGAGGAGAAAACUGGAAGAGAUGAAGAAUAAAGCAGAGAAAGAAAGAGAAAUGAAGGUAGAGAAACCGAGAGAGCAGGAGCGGACUAUGGAGUCCGAGGACUAUGAAAGAGAGAGCGACACAUACACAUACAGAGACUCAGACAAUUCUUGGAUGGAUGAGGAGAAGGAGAAGGAAGCAGUCAAGAGACGAGAACAAAUGGAUGAGAGGAGACUAGGACAAGAAGAAGUGGCAAAGCUUAGAGAGAAGAUCUCAUUGGCGGUCCAAAGGGAAGAUCCACUAAUAGCUUACAGGAGAAAGAGAGAGGAGGAAAGGGCAAAGGUGAGAGAGGAAGAGAGAAAGAAGAGAGUGGUAGAAGAAAAAGCAAGAGAGAGGGAGGAGGAGCGAUUGAGAAAUGCGAGAAGGAGGCAGGGACCCAAGGAAAUGUUUGAUGAUUUCUAUUUUUUGCUCAUAAGAACAUUUUUUUCCCUUAAAAGGCGUUACAAAUAAAAAUGUACAA